CCUUGUUCCGCUCACCUGUUCCACCUGUCGUGUAGGUGCGAUCCGGAUCCGGCUCUACGGGUGCACCUGCUCCUGUUCCUCCAGUCCCAGGAUGACCGAGGAGGAGCUCAGAACCUGCGACCUAACGUGUCCGUCUCCGUCGGACUCGGAGGAUCCGGAGGGGACCCGGAUCGGCGUGAAAAGCAGUGGUAGAAGGGGAGUGGAUAGUGACCAGCCCAUUUUCUCAGUCCUGAGUGGAGUGAAGCAGGUGGAGGCGGAGGAGGGGGAGAGAGGAGGAAGAGGAGGGGUGCCGAGCUAUGGAGCGACCACCUCCGACACCGAGUCCGGGAUCUUCCCUGCUGAAUGCGAGCUCUGCGUGGAACACGAGGCCGAGCUGGACUGGUUCUGUGGCACCGAGCAGAAACCCAUCUGCUCCCACUGCGCCUCCGUGGGCUCCUGUCACGGACACAGUGUGACCCCGCUGGCCACCAGAGUCACCGCUGUCAGAAAUCAGCUGGUGGAUGUGUGUGAGAAACUGCAGCUGCAGGCACUGAGGAUCGAAAGAUUUAUGGAACAGACACUGGCGGCCAAAGAACAUAAGCUUCAGGUGUCAGCGAGCAGGGCGAGGGAGCGGGUGCUGGCUCAGGUCAGCGUAGCCCGUGAAGCCUUGGAGGAAGAAGAGCAGCGUGUUUUGGAGGAGAUCCAGAGGGAGGAGGAGCGGGUGGAACAGUGUCUCCUCACCCAGAGGGCCCACUGGGGCCAGGCCUUGGCCAGUCUGUCACAAACACGCUCCCGUCUGGUGCACACCCUGACACACACUCCUGACACACAACUGGUGACUUGUGUCCAGGAGAUAGCAGAAAGAGUGGAGGAGGCAGAAGGCGUUGGGGAACCAUGUGACACAGAACAGCUCACCAUGAAACCAGGCUGCAGCGAUAGCCAGCUACUCAGAGGCCUGUGGGCCACGGUGGUCCUACUAGGUCCAAAUGCUUAUGGUUCACCCUCUCUGAAGUUUGAUGAGCGCUCAGUGAGCCCCCUCCUCUCCCUGUCUGAUGACUUUUGCACUUUGACCUUCUCGAAUAAGAAGUCCCGUCAGCCCCUCACCUAUGACCCAGCCCGCUUUGACUGCUGGCCCAAUGCUCUUGGUUCUCUGUCUCUGUCCUCCGGGACCCACAGCUGGGUGUUGGACGUGGGUCAGAGUGGGGCCUUUAAGGUGGGGGUCUGCUACGCCAGCCUGGAGCGCAAAGGCUCUGGGAACGAGGCACGGCUCGGAUACAAUGCCCAGUCUUGGGUGCUGUCUCACUACGACGGAGACUACUCCUUCUGCCAUGCUGGGAAGAAAGUGCCCCUGCAGGUGGUGAGGAGACCCCAGAGGAUCGGCCUCCUGCUUGACUGGCCCAGUCAGACACUGCUGUUUUAUGAACCAGACUCCAGUACGGUGCUGUAUUCGGUGACGCAACACUUCGAUGCCCCGCUGUUGCCGGCGUGUGCUGUGACCGACCGCAGUAUCACCAUCCUGCACUGACCGACAGCCCACACACAAAUGUUCUGAAACGUGAACGAAUGAAAACAGGAUGAUCAGUGUUUAUUUAUUCUGUGUCAAAGCAAGUCAAAGCUAGUUAGUUUUUAUCUGUGUAAUAAGUUUAAGUGUCUGUAUCUGUGGAUGAUAUUUACUGUAGUUAUUCUCUGACUCUGUGCUGACUGAUUGUUUUUAUAUAAAUAUUUUUUUUCUUCAUCUAAUUGAAUAGUUUGAUGUUUGUGAUUAAGCGUGACGAUCCAUCUGCAUUAAAUUUCAUGGUAUGAAUACUAUACCAUUAUACAAUCAAGGUGAGAUUGUAGACUGCUCAGUGUGUGUGUGUGUGUGUGUGUGUGUGUGUGUGUGUAUAUAUAUAUAUAUAUAU